GGCAGCACCCGCACGUGCCCAGCUGGCGGCGGAUGCUGGAGAGCCCCGCGCCGCCCGCGCAGGCCGCCGCGCAGCGGCCGCCGGCGUCUUCGGCCGACGCGCGCUUCCAGGCGGCGCUGCAGGCGUUCCGCCAGCAGGCUCAGCAGUCGGGGGCGGGCCAGGAAGCCUCCGGCUGGGGCGCUGGCGCCAGCGCCAGCCAGUGGGCCGAGUCGUGGGACGGCUGGGGCGCGGGCGCCGGUGGGGGCCAGGACGGGGCCGGCUGGGGCGCUGGCAAGGGCGGCUGGAAGGGCCAGGGGUCGGCCGCUUGGGGCGCAGGCAAGGGCGGCUGGGACGGUUGGGGCCAGGCUGGCGGCGACGGAGGGUGGGGCAGCGCGUGGGCGGAGUAGGCCGCCGUGAGGAGGCCGAGCCGCGCCUGCAGCCCGGCCGCGCUCGGCCAGUCCGCUCCCGCGCCCUCGACCCUCCCGCUCGUUUCCUUCCGCUACCCUCGCCCCGCCCGCCCCACCCUCUUCCGUACCCCUGGCCGCUCGCCGCCGAGCGCUCACUUGAGCGCAGUUCCCCUGGCUGGCUGCGCUCGCUUG